AUGAUGUUCUUUUGUGUAGUUUCCAGCUGGGCAGUGCCUGGUAAGAAGGUGGAAGAGAAUUCCAGUCAGCCUGAGGGAGAAGGGGACAGUGGUCCAUGGGUUGAGAGCACUAGUCCAGAAGGAUACACCUACUAUUAUAACACUGUUACAGGAGAAUCCCAGUGGGAAUUACCAUCCAGUGUAGAAACAGAGGAAGCAGCCAAAACUGUGGUUUCAGAGAAGAAAACAGCAGCAAAAGCAACAGAGAAAACUAGUGAGUCAGAGAACGCCGGGUGUCCGUGGGUAGAGGGAACCAGUGCAGAAGGACAUGUGUACUACUACAACACAGAGACUGGAGAAUCACAGUGGGAAAAGCCAGCCAACUUCACCACUACCCCCAAAGAAGCGAAAUCACAGGAAAACAGAAGUCAGGAUAAGGAUGAAAAGGAGCAAGAUGAAAAGGCAUCUACAAGCUCUAGUCAGGAAGAUGCUGAGAGCUGUCCAUGGGUCGAGCGGACCAGCCCUGAGGGACACACAUACUACUCCAACACUGUUACAGGAGAAUCUCAAUGGGAAAAGCCAUCUGACUUCACGUCCGGAAAUUCAGCAGAGGAGUCAUCUAAAAAAGUCAAGAGAAAGGACGGAGAGAAAGAAGAGGGAAAAGAGGAAACCCCAGAAGAGAAAGUGGAGAAGAAUGAAGAAGUUGAGGAAGGAGUGAAAGAAGAAAAGACAGAAAAAAGAUCACUGAAGAGAAAGUCUGCAUAUGGUGCAUGGACAACAGUACAGAAGACCAGCCAAAACAUAGACCUGCAGCUGCCCUGUGGUGCUGCCGACCUGAAGCCUGACCCCACGCCACAGUUCACACAGGAGCCAGUAAGAGUCAAGUUCAAGGAAAAAACAGUCACCUCGCUGAGCUCUGGUGUAUUUUCUAGCGAAGAGCCAGUCGGAUUUAAGAAGAAGAAAGUGAGGGCCAAUCGUAGCAUCAGGAGAAGGGACGAUGAAGACUAGACCUGGGUGUACACUACAAUUAGAAAGGGUUGUCUUCAAACAUUUGGCUGCUGUAGACUUCAAAAUCAUCCCCAGAUUCCUCACUUUCCGACUGACCUGUUCUUGCAAUGUUUGUCACGAACAUAAGGAAUGUAUUCUUCCAUUUGGGCCUGUUCCCAUUAACAAAGUUCAAAGGUAGCUGACAGCAAGGAAACUAAUGUAUAUUCAGGAUCAAGGAUUACUGAAGAAUCCAAAUGGUCAGGACUGGCUUAAGUUAAGUGUCUGUGACUGUUUUAUUUUGUGUUGAACUAAGAUGUAGAAACCAAUUAAUUACUUUCCACAUUGACUGCUAUGUAUUCAUGUUAUUGUCACACUCAUACAAACAAAAUGAAUUUUUAUCUAGUUGUAUGUAGAUAUUAAGUGAAUAAAAACAUAAAGAAAUGUCAUUAAAUGGUUGUAAGUUUUUUUCAAUCAUUUUGCUGGAAUAUAUAAAGCUCGAAAAACUG